AUGGCUGCGGCUGGUAGCGGUAGUUUCCAGUUCGGACGUAUUGCCUCGAAGCGUCUCAUGAUGCUCGUGGCCUUACUUCUCGUCUCCUGCUGUCUCGGCCAUGGAUUCGGCGAUGAGGAUCAUGUCGAGGUGGAGGGAAUCAGCAGCAGUUGCAUGGAGAGCGAGAGGAGAGCUCUCCUCGCCAUCAAAUCCGAUAUGUACGACCCCGGCGACAGGUUUUCUUCUUGGACCGGCAAAGACUGCUGUGGGUGGAUAGGUGUGGCCUGCGACAACACCACCGGCCAUGUCACCAAGCUCGACCUCCGCUACCCCUACACAUACACAUACACAUACGAUAUGUGGGAUGUGUUUUACGAUGUGGAAACAAUAGGCGCCAGCAAGGUAAAUCCAUCUUUGCAAGAACUGAAGUACUUGAAGUAUUUGGAUUUGAGCAUGAAUAACUUCUCCCACGCCCCUGUGCCUCGUGUGAUUGCUUCACUAGUCCACUUGGAAUAUCUCAUUCUAUCUUAUGCCAUGUUCUAUGGACUAGUUCCUCCUCAGUUGGGGAACCUCUCCAACCUAUACCAUCUCGAUCUUGGGGGAUUGUUUCUACACGUUGACAAUCUCGAUUGGCUCUCCCGUAUUCCUUCUCUAAAAUAUCUUGACAUGAGUUAUGUCAACCUCUCCAAAGCAACCAAUUGGUUCUACAUAAUUAAUUCUAUUCCCACACUCGAAGUGCUGCAUUUGAGCUAUGCAGACCUGCCAUGUGUUCCAUCUCCUUUGCCCCCUUUUAAUCUGACAACCAUCGCCACGUUGGAUCUGUCUUGGAAUUCCAACAUCACGUCUGCCAUGCUAAGAUGGCUUUCUAACGCCACCAGCCUCGAGAACCUUCUUCUUUCUGGCUGUGGGAGUCUCACUAUCGAGUCGGUACAAGUUGCUCUAGGAGAUCUCAGUAAUCUGAAGGAGUUGGAUUUGUCAUUCAACUCCCUUGAAGGAGAAAUUCGUGAAAUUCUGAACAAUGUCAGUAGCAGCAGUGGCCUGAAGCACUUGGAUUUGAGAUCGAAUCAAUUAUCUGGAGAUAUUCCUCCAGGGAGCCUUAGAGACCUGGAGUACCUGGACUUAUCAGCGAAUUCUAUUGUCGACGUGCAUAUCUUAGCUUCUCUGGGGAAUCUCACAAACUUGCGACAUUUAGACUUGGGGUACAAUUUGAUCAGCGGAGAAAUUCCACCGACCGUGGGAGAUUCUGUCCGAUUGGAGUACCUAGAUUUGUCCAAUAAUGGCAUCAACGGAAAAAUACCACAGGCCAUCGGCAACCUCACUAAUUUGGUUUUGGAUCUUUCUUCCAACAAGUUCUUUGGUAGCCUACCAUCAUCUCUAGGAAAUUUCAAUGCCAUGGUUGAGGUACAAAAUGAUACCAGGCCAUUGCUCCAAGGUAACUAUACUUAUAUCGAGAGCAGCUUAUUAACAACGAAAGGAUCAAUGGUCGAUUACACAACCAUUCUCUCGCUGGUGACAAGUAUAGACUUGUCAAAUAAUCAUCUCUCUGGUGAAAUCCCAAAAGAACUGACCAAGCUUCUCGGAUUGCGCUUCCUAAACUUGUCCAACAAUCAUUUGACGGGGAGGAUUCCAGAAAAGAUGGGUGACAUGAAACAGCUUGAAUCACUUGACUUAUCGGUGAACAAUCUCACAGGGGAGAUACCUCCAAGCUUUUCUGCUAUGAGUUUUCUGGCCCGUUUGAAUCUGUCUUAUAACAACUUAUCAGGAAAAAUACCCACAAGUAGUCAAUUGUCGACCUUUGACUCAUGGACAUAUGUGGGUAACGAAGACCUUUGCGGUACGCCACUGCCAGAUUGCCCUGUUUAUCAAACUCCACCUGAUGCCAGAGUUAAAGAUGAUGAGAAGCUCGACAAAUUAUUGGAGUACACCAGUAUUGUGGUUGGAUUUGUGGUUGGCUUUUGGCUGUUUAUUGGCACGCUCAUCAUGAAGCAGGCCAUCAGAUUCGCUUUCUUCCGAUGGAUCGACAAGGCCAACGACUGGAUCUAUGUCCAGUUUGCAGUAAAGCUUGCGAAGCUCAAAUCCAAAUGGCAAACAAUGACAUGA